AUGCUUUUGUCUCGGCUUCCGUUAUGCUUCUUAUUGCUUUUGUUCUUAAUAACCUCCGUGAGUUCGGAGUAUGUGACGUACAAGGACGCGAAGCAGCCGGUGGCUGCUCGGGUUAAAGACUUGAUGAGUAGAAUGACACUGGAAGAGAAGAUUGGUCAGAUGGUUCAGAUUGAUCGGACUGCUGCCACUGCCGAGAUAAUGAAGGAUUACUCCAUUGGGAGUGUGUUGAGUGGUGGAGGGAGUACGCCGCUUCCUCAGGCGAGUGCUGAAGAUUGGGUCAAUAUGGUUAACGAUUUUCAAAAAGGGUCUUUGGCUAGUCGUUUGGGGAUCCCAAUGAUCUAUGGCAUUGAUGCCGUUCAUGGCCACAACAAUGUUUAUAAUGCUACUAUUUUUCCUCAUAAUGUUGGCCUUGGAGCUACCAGGGAUCCUGAUUUGGUGAAGAGGAUUGGGGCUGCAACUGCUGCCGAGAGUAGAGCUACAGGGAUUCCUUAUGUUUUUGCGCCUUGCAUUGCGGUUUGUAGAGAUCCAAGAUGGGGUCGGUGUUAUGAAAGCUACAGUGAGGAUCACAAAGUUGUGCAAUCAAUGACAGAGAUUAUACUUGGAUUACAAGGAGAUAUUCCUUCUGAUUCUCGAAAAGGAGUUCCAUAUGUGGGUGGAAAGUGUUUCAACAAUCAUGGUCCUAUUCCAGCUGGAAUGGAUAAAAAUGCUCAAACCGGUUUUGUAUCUCAGAUUGGGAGGGGAUUGAUGAAUCACCUCACCACCACAUGCAAACUACACUUACUCUGUCCUAGCAGGUGUUCAGCUGGGAUUGACAUGGUCAUGCUCCCCUUGAACCAUACUGAGUUCAUUGAUGAUCUUACUAGCCUUGUCAAGAGCAAUGUAAUCUCAAUGGAUCGUAUUGAUGAUGCUGUAGGGAGGAUUUUGCUAGUCAAGUUCACCAUGGGUCUCUUUGAUAACCCUUUGGCUGAUCUCAGCCUUGUGAAUGAGCUUGGAAGCCAGCAGGCACCUGAAAUUCAGGCCAUUACAAUAGAAGGGACCACCAUCCUUAGUGCCAUAAGGUCUGCUGUAGACCCAAGCACAGAAGUUGUCUACCGUGGGACUCCGGAUGCCGAGUUUGUUAAGUCCAACAAAUUUGAUUAUGCCAUUGUUGCUGUUGGUGAGGCCCCUUAUGCCGAGACUGCAGGGGACAGCAUGACCCUCACAAUGUUGAAUCUGGCCCAAAUCAUUAAAAAUGUCUGUGGAGCUGUUAAGUGUGUGGUUAUCAUAAUUUCUGGGAGACCUAUAUGGAAGCUUCCAAGAACUUGGUUUAAAACCGUUGAUCAACUUCCUAUGAAUGUUGGGGAUCCACACUAUGACCCGCUGUACCCUUUUGAUUUGGACUUAAAACUGAAUCAGUUCCAACCUUGUUGCCAGGUCAACCUCGGCUGUGUUUAUAGAAGACCAUACAUAGUUCUCAUCAUGGUUUUGCUGAUGAUCGGUUCUUAUUUCACAGGUUGA